AUGUUCUCCACCAGCCCCAACAGCACCAGCGCCCCGCGGCCCACGCCCUCCCGGCGGAGAACCCACAACGGCGUGGGACAAUGGUCCAAUACCGAAGACAACAUCCUCAAGGAGGCCGUGAGACGGUACGGCGUGAUGGACUGGCAGGCCGUAGCAAACGCACUCUGGAGACGCAACGAGGCCGACUGCCGCACGCGCUGGGCCGAGCUGGUCCCGCAGCUGCAGGACAGCCUGCUCGAGCGGGAGCUCGAGCGGGAGGCCCUGGAAGCGGUUGCCGCGUCGUCUUCGUCGUCCUCGAGGCAGAUGGGGAACUCCGUGUCCAGAUCCAGGACUUCAGCCUCGGAGUCCCGGCGUCCGCACCCGACGCUGCAGCAGACGUACCAGCAGGCGCCUGUUCAUCAACAGACGCAGCAGCAGCAGCAACCACUACCACAGCAACAGGAACAGCAACAUCGACAGCGGGGACCGUCCAACAUCGCACGAGCAAUCGCCGGAAGUCUAGACUCAUCCGCAUCCACAUCCAGCACCAGCACCACAUCGACGGGGAUGGCCAGCCUCACCCGAAUACGCAGCAACACCGAGCCCAGCCCGCCGCCGGCCCCCAUGCGCACGUCGAGCCAGCGCCGCGAGUGGCGCGCACCACACCCGCUGAUGUCGCCGGACUCCUCCCGAGACACGUCCCGGAACACGUCUAGGAGCACGUCCCGGACUCGAGAGGAAUAA